GUCCUCUGCUCGUUUCCACUGGUAGAGAAGCCCGGGAUUGCCAUGUGUGUGGGCUGUGGGAGUCAGAUCCAUGACCAGUACAUCCUGAAGGUCUCCCCGGACCUCGAGUGGCAUGCAGCAUGUCUCAAAUGCGCUGAAUGCAGCCAGUACUUGGAUGAAACCUGCACUUGUUUUGUGAGAGAUGGCAAGACAUACUGUAAAAGGGAUUAUAUCAGGCUGUUCGGCAUCAAGUGUGCCAAGUGCAAGGUGGGAUUCAGCAGCAGUGAUUUGGUGAUGAGAGCCCGGGACAACGUGUACCACAUCGAGUGCUUCCGCAGCACCGUCUGCAGCCGCCAGCUCCUGCCCGGGGACGAGUUCUCGCUGCGGGACCACGAGCUGCUGUGUCGGGCGGACCCCAGCCUCCUGCGGGACAGGAGCGCGGCCGACAGCCCCCGGAGCCCGGGCCACCUGCAGAGCACCAGGGCCCUGCAUCUGGCAGAGCCGGGCCCCGGCCGCCAGCCCGCCCUGCGGCCCCACGUGCACAAGGCGAGCGAGAAGACCACCCGCGUGCGCACGGUGCUGAACGAGAAGCAGCUGCACACGCUGCGGACGUGCUACGCCGCCAACCCGCGGCCCGACGCGCUCAUGAAGGAGCAGCUGGUGGAGAUGACGGGGCUGAGCCCGCGCGUCAUCCGUGUCUGGUUCCAGAACAAGCGCUGCAAGGACAAGAAGAAAUCGCUGCUCAUGAAGCAGCUGCAGCAGCAGCAGCACAGCGACAAGGCGGUCUCCUUCUCCGAAUCCGGCUCCUUGGGCAACUCCUCCGGCAGCGAUGUGACCUCCCUGUCCUCGCAGCUACCCGACACCCCCAACAGCAUGGUGCCCAGCCCGGUGGAGACGUGAGGCGAGGCUCCCUUCGCGGACUUGGACUUUCGCAUGCUCCUGCUCCCUGCAUGAGACACGCCCGGCCUCCGGCCCCGAGCGCCAGACGAGCUCGGGUUUUAAAUUAUUGUUAUUUAAAAACAAAGAGCAACAGCGAAACAAAGCGCGCCCCGACGGCCAG